UUUCUAUGAUUGAAAUUUUAGCUUUAAGAAAGUGAAAGACUUAAAAUUUGGCAAGAGAGAUGCAGAUGUACGAUAUGGGGCACUAUAAUUGGUUGAAACACCAACUUAAAUCUUGGUUCUGACCAAACAGCAAAAACAAAAACCCCAAUCAGGACAACAACGUGAGAACUGAAAUCUGAAUAAAUAUAUAAGAAGUGUUUAUACAGUGGGAUGAAAUGAUAAAGAUGACAGCAGCUUCAGUGGGAAAUGGGAAUGAGGUAUGGAGAGCUCAUGGAACAAUGGCUAUGAUACAGCUACUGUAUGGUGGGUACCAUGUUAUUACCAAAGUGGCUCUCAAUGUUGGAAUGAAUCAAAUUGUCUUCUGCUUAUAUCGGGAUCUUCUUGCUCUCUCCAUUCUUGCCCCUGUCGCCUAUGUUCGCGAAAAGCGGUCGAGAAUUCCUUUAAAUAAGCGGCUUCUACUAUCAUUCUUCAUUCUAGGAUUAACCGGUAUUUUUGGGAACCAACUUUUGUUUCUUUUUGGUCUUGGCUACACAAAUCCAACUUAUGCUGCGGCCGUGCAACCUGCAGUACCAGUCUUUACAUUCAUAUUUGCAGUAUUGAUGGGUACAGAAACAGUGAGGCUCUUUACAGUGGAAGGUCAAGCAAAGGUUGGAGGUACAAUUGUUUGUGUUUCUGGGGCUAUUUUAAUGGCCAUCUUCCGUGGACCUGUGGUUUUUGGAAACAGAGACUCAGAAUUCAUAGGACAUAGUGAUAUAAGUGCUAGGGGUCAGCCAGAGCCCACUGGAUGGUUAAUGUCAAGAUUUCUGGAGUUGGGGUUCGAUGAUUGGCACCUUGGAGUUUUAUGCUUAAUAGGAAACUGUAUGUGCAUGGCGGCAUACUUAGCCAUUCAGGCUCCAGUUUUGGCAAAAUACCCUGCGAGUAUAUCAGUGACAGCAUAUUCCUACUUUUUUGGUUGUCUUUUAAUGAUAACAACAGCCUUCUCGAUGACUAAUGAGUCAACAGACUGGAACUUGACACAAUCGGAAGUUUUCGCUGUGUGCUAUGCCGGUAUUGUUGCUUCUGCCCUGAACUAUGGGAUGUUGACAUGGUGCAAUAAAAUUCUUGGCCCUUCUAUGGUUGCUCUGUACAAUCCACUUCAACCUGCUGCUUCGGCAUUCCUAUCAAGAGUUUUCCUUGGGAGCCCUAUUUAUCUUGGAAGCAUAUUGGGAGGACUUCUCAUUAUUGCUGGGCUUUAUUUGGUAACUUGGGCAUCUUACAGACAGAGGCAGGCAGCCACUGGAACUGUUCCUCAUGCUUCGCGGUCGUCAGAUCCUCCAAUUCAAUAUCAGCUAGGACACCUUUUCUCCCUUCCUACUUCCUCAAUACCAAAGAUCAUUGAUUAGAUAGUGUUGUGGAUAUUCAUAUUAAACUUCCUUUACUUAAUCACUUUCAUGAUCAUUUGUACAAUUUUAUCUAGCUUUUUAACCUGCACUAGUCACAAAGCAUAUAGAAACUCUUUCAACUCAGUUUUCAGUCAGCAGUCUUUAAUUGUGCCAAACGAUUUUGUUCUAUAAAUACUUCUUUUCAUCAAA